CCAAAUACUAGUCCAAACACCUACUGGUCAAACUUUGGUCAACAUAUUCUCUGAGCUCACUGUUCAGACGGAGAUUCGCCAGAGAAAAUGGAAACGCCGGCGAGUGAAGUUCCGAGGGUCAAAUUAGGCUCGCAAGGCCUAGAAGUUUCUAGAAUCGCGCUGGGCUGUAGAGGCAUGCCUCCGAAUCAUGGCCCGCCCAAGCCCGAACCUGAAAUGAUCAAGCUCAGUCAACACGCCAUUGAUUGCGGCGUCACCUUCCUCGAUACCUCCGAUCAAUAUGGACCCCACUUCAAUGAACUUCUCAUCGGCAAGGCUAUUAAAGGAAUUAGAGAGAAAGUACAAAUAGCUACCAAGUUUGGUAUACGUUUUGAAGAUGGAAAUAGGGGCAUUUGUGAUGAACCUGCAUAUGUAAGGGCUUAUUGUGAGGCCAGCUUCAAGAGACUGGAUAUCGACUGCAUUGAUCUGUAUUAUGUUCAUCGCAUCGAUACACAGUAG